CCCCCCGCCCCGCGAGUUGGUGCGGCCCGGCAGCAUGGCCGCCGCGUGCGGGCGGAGGCUGGCUCUGUUGCGGGCGCUGGGGAGCUGGGUGCGUCCUGGGGCGGGCGGCUCGGGCCCCGCCUGCUGCCGCUGCCCCCUCGGAGCUAAAAGAUAUCUACUUACAGACAGUAUUGUGAAAUUAAAAGAAUUUCAGCAUAAGAAGGUGGCUAUUGCAUGUAAUCUUCCUGGCACCAAAGAAUCCUAUCUGAGAGACUUGGAAGAGAAAGUGACCCAGAACAGGCUCAUCUUGAGGGAGGAGUUGAGAACCCUUCUUCAUCUCUGUGAGUCCCAGGAUGAUGUGGAGCUGGCUAAAAACGUCAUUCACAGGUACCACGCGGAGAACAGAAACGUCACCUUGGGAGAGUAUAAGUUUGGACCACUGUUCAUGAGGUUGUGCUACGAGCUGGAUCUCGAGGAAUCUGCAGUGGAGCUCAUCCAAGACCAGCAUUUACGAGGUUUCUUCUCAGACUGCACAUCAUUCAAUAUUUUGAUGGAUAUGUUAUUUAUCAAAGGCAAAUAUAAAAGUGCAUUGGAAGUGCUGAUUGAGAUGAAAAACCAAGAUGUGAAGUUCAGCAAAGAUACCUAUGUCCUUGCUUUUGCCAUUUGCUACAAACUGAAUAGCCCUGAGUCCUUUAGAAUCUGUACCACGUUGAGAGAAGAAGCCUUAAUCAAGGGAGAAGUCCUCUCCAGGAGAGCAUCCUGUUUUGCGGUGGCAUUAGCUCUGAAUCAGAACCAGGUGGCAAAAGCUAUAUCCAUUUUUUCUCAAAUCAUGAAGCCAGAAAGCAUAAUCUGCACUAAUUUAAAUAUCAUGAUCCACGUCCAGUCGAAUAUGUUGACACCCCUGAUAGAGAUACUAAAGGAUGCUACAGAGGGAAGCUUAUCAAGAUUUGUCAAAAGACACGAGUUCUCAGAAGAAGUGCUGGCCAAAGUGAGAGAAAAAGUGAAGGAUGUGCCCACCCUCCUGGCUAGAUUUGACGAGCUCUAUGGGAAACUGCACAUAAAUGGCCAGGUCACCACUUACACUUUGGAUGCUCUGCUCUGCCACACCCCCAGGGACAGGAAGUCCCACACGGUGCUGUUGAACAAGAGGACAGUCAGCCGUCGGACCCUCCAGCCACUCAGCCAGUCCCUGUGGGCUGAGUAACCCUCCCUUCAAACCACCCGUAGGUCUGAGGUGGGGGGAGCCUGCUUCUAGUGAGUCGUCGGCUCCCUAAGAAAUCAGGCAUCGUUCGCCGGUGGACACUCUGCUCACACUUGGUCUCCUCCUUAAAUGGCCGAGUUCGUUGAGUGCUGGCGUGCUGACCUGGGACGUCAGCAUUGUUCCACUGUGAAGAUGUGGAUUCCAGCCAGCAGAAAGCUCACCCCUCAGAAAGGCGGCUUCCCCUGUAUCAACUGCAGAGCAUCCUUGAAGGAGCCC